GUUGUUGUAUUAUGCCCCCCGUGCGCGCUUCUUGCCCCCCGUAGGAGCAGAGCCGUUCAUCGCGUCGACGCCGCGCUGCUGCAGCGCGGCCAUGACGUCCGCCGUCCGCAGGACGCGCCGCCCGCCUUCCGCAGCAUCGCCGCGCAGCGCCGCCGCCUCGCCGGCCUCGUUGAUGAGCGACGCGAGGAAGUGGUCCGUCGCCAGCGCGACGAGCCCGACGAUGUCGUCGGCGGCCGAGGCGCCCGCUUCCCUCAUGUAAUACCGCACGACGUCCGCGGGCAGCGCCGGCUCGUAGUCCCGCGACCGAUUAAUGAACUGCGCGAGGCCCUCGUGCUGGUCGGCGCCGUGGAGAUAUUCGUCCUCGUCACUAUCUUCAGCCUCGGCGUCCUUCGCCGUGCGCGACGGCGGCACGCGGUGCGCCUCCGGGGCCUUGCGCGUCGCGUUCGGCUGCUUCGUGAGGUCGAACGCCUUGACGGGCGCCUUCGUCGUGCGUUCCGUGGGCGCGUCCUCCCGCGCAGGAGGCGCGGGCGCGGGCGCGGGCGCGUCUGCUCCUAUUGCGGCCAUCAUCUUGGCGACUUAUUUGCGCGGCGCGCUGCGAUGCGUGCGCUGCGCAGCGAGGGCACGGGAGCUCGUGGAGGGCUCUGUAUGCGGUCCUAGAGAGGGGCCGCAAGCUUUGCAACGCUGUGAGCGAUGAAAUGCCCAGCGGAUUGAGCGUCCGCGCUGUGGGUUAGCGACGCUAACUCGAUCUUGCGAGACAAAGCGACGUUGAAAGCUUAAUGUGCAG